GGAGGGUCUUCAGUCAGCUGUCGUGUGCCGCCGAGCACUUUCUGGACUUUGUUGACCGGUAAAUCACAUAUAAACCAGUGGAAAGAGCUUACAUCGUCAGUAAACUUCUAGAACUCGUACAUGAGCGCAGUAUUACGGUAAACUUUGGUGCGUAAUUACGCGCCUGGAGACUUUUUCAAACUACGCUCUUUUUGAUAAUUGAUUAAUUUCGGACUUCUGACAGGAACGCGAGGUUUUGAACAAGAAAAGUUCUCUAAAGUCACUUUUUUCCCAGUUUCACCAUGGCAGAAGGGGAUUACUACACUAUGGGCACACGGCAGAGGAUUCCAAGGGAUCCGUUUGGUGAACAGUCGCUCGCAUCUCGAUUUAUGGACGAUGACUUUGGAUUGCCACCUUUUCAUGACGAGUUAUCUAUGGACUGGCCCGGCUGGGCACGACCUCGACUGAGCACCCGCCUUGACGCGCCGUGGACGGGCCAGUUGCGCACAGGCUUCCCGCGGGGCUUCAGCGCCAGAUACAGCGAGGGUCCGCGCCGAUCCAGCGCUCCCCUGACCAACCCAGACGAGCCGUGGAAAGUGUGCGUGAACGUGCACAGCUUCAGACCUGAGGAGCUUAAUGUCAAAACUAAAGACGGUUUUGUAGAGGUGUCAGGGAAGCAUGAGGAAAUGCAAGACGAGGGCGGAAUCGUUACCAAAAACUUCACAAAGAAAAUUCAAAUCCCAUCCGAUGUGGACCCUCUCACUGUGUUCGCCUCUCUGUCUCCAGAAGGGGUUCUCAUCAUUGAAGCCCGGCAAACCCCUCCGUACUACCUCUACAGCAACGAAAUGCCCGCAGAACCCAUGGAAGAACCCGAGGCCAGACCUCAGGAGCCCAGCAUGGCUUCAGCCGAAGUCUAUGCAGCCAGGGAGUGAACGCGAGCUUACAUGCCCUUGGUAUUUGUUCCAAGCCAGUGCCAAAAUCUAGUUUUAUCAGUUUCAUAAAUUUACUUAAAUCAAAAGUCCUUAAUCUGCUAGUGAGUAGUCCAUAAAUCAAAUGUUACUCUACAUGGUACAUGGUUGGAUCAAAUACCAGAAGCUUUCAGUUACUACGUCAGUGAAGAAAAAUGAACGUGAUAGAGCUACCAGUCGAGUAAUAAGAGAAAGGUUCGAAAUGAGAUGAGGCCAGACGAAUUUCUGUAAUAAAGAGUGUACGGCCAUAAACGCAAGUACAUAAAUGCAAAUGCAUGGUUAAACAAUAUAAUGGCAAGUCUUGCCCCUCAAGGGGGCGAUAAAGCUUCCUUCAAAUGUCAGUAAUUUAAAGGGAUAGUUCACCCAAAAAUUAACUCAUCAUUUACUCGUCCACGUUGUUCCAAACAUGAAUGACUUUAUUUCCUCUAUGGAACACAAAAAAUGUUUUGUCCAUACUAUAAGUGUCAACAUGAUCCAAUGUUAUUUUAAACCUCUUUGAGUUUCACUGUAUGAACAACAAAAAAAGCGUCCUUCAAACAUUUUAAAAUAUAUUCUUGUGUUCCGUAGAAGAAGCUCAUACAGGUUUGCAACAACAAGAGAUUUAAAUAACAUUUGACUCAUUUUCUAGCUUGAGUUCUAAGUUAAGAUUCUCCUUAAACUGUUGCUUUGUCAUUUUUUAAUCAAAUAGAGGACAACACUGGGAAUGCAAUGCAUGCUUGUAUUGCAGCAUAAAUUACUUUGAGAGAAGCUUGCGUAGCUACAGUUUGUGUUCACAUACUUGUGCAGAGUAUGUUUUGGACUUUCUGUCCCUCAUGUAAACCCAAACUUGUUUUGGCCUCUUGAGUUCAUAUGGAAGUGCUCAUCUGAGUAUUUGUCAUGUUGGGUUAUUUAUACGGUGUUCUCAGAGAACUGGGAGUUAGUGCUGGAGCUCUUUCUCAAAGGCUGUAUUGUCUCUUCUUCUUUUCUUAUGUUUGUGUGUUUUUUUUCUUCUUCUUCCUUUUGUGUAGAGAUGUAUGCUAUGCAUUUUUAUAAUAAAUUACAUUUAUGAAAGCAA